AUGGAUUUAUAUAUGGAAAAAACAUUAAGGAUUUUAGAAAAUAAUGAUAUUCAUUUAUUAGGAGUUACAUGCUUUUUUAUUUCUUGUAAAUUUGAAGAAAUCUAUCCAGUAACAAUUAAAAUAAUUGAAGAGAAAAUUUCACAUAAAAAACUCAAUGAAAAAUAAAUAAAAGAAAUGGAAGCAGAUGUUCUUUUAACUUUAAAUUUUAAUUUAUUGGGUUGUUCUAUUUAAGAAAUAGCAAUUUAAACAUUAACCUUAUUAAAUUUUUAAGAAAAACUAUCCUAAUAAGAAUUCUCUUACGUUAAUAAAAUGUGUGUAUAUUUUUCAAAAAUGGUUCUGUUUGAUUAUGAACUUAUAAAAGUUAAUUCUUAUUAAAUUUUAGCCGCUGCAAUCUUGUAUAUAAUUUUUAAAGUUGUUUAAUAAAUAAAUUAGUUUUUCUUAGCAGAUUAAAAUGUAUAUUUUUUAUUAUUUUUUUAUUUAUUUUUCAUAAGAUUUAACUUGUAUUAAACACUAUGA